GGGAAGGAUUUGGAUCUAAAUAACCGGUCCAGGAUGUGGUUCGAGAUUGUCCCGGGACUGCUCAUCAUGGGCACGUGCCUGGUCAUUCCUGGAGUGGCCACUGCUUACAUCCAGAAGUACACUAAAGGAGGCAAGGAGAAAAGGGUAACCUAUUUUCCUUAUCACUGGGCUAUGAUGGAAAGAGAGAGACCAAUCUCUGGAGUCAACCGUUACUAUGUGUCCAAGGGCUUGGAGAACAUUAAUGAAGCAGUUUCCUGA